AUGGUCUCUUUCCUAAACCUCAAAUCCUACACUGAGUCGGCUCCCGUCGCUCAGACGGUGCGCGUAGUCGUGGUUGGAGAUCAGAACGCCGGGAAGACUGCACUGUCCGAGCUUAUAGUGACGAAGAAGGCGUCCAGACCUCCCAAAUCAACCGCCGGAUGUGCUGUCUCGGUUGCUCUUUGGGAGGCCGAUGACGAAGGGGCGUCGAGCAGCGGCGGGUCGCUGGUGCAGACGUGGGACGCGGCGAAGCAGGCGUCCCAGGGCGGGAGGGGACAUCAACGGUUCUUUGUGGAGAUAUGGGACGUCAGCGCAAACCCAUAUUACGAUCAGCUGCGGCGGACGCUCUACAAACAGGUGAAUGGCGUGAUCCUCGUCUAUGACAGCAGCGACAGGGCGUCCCUGCGGCGGCUGUCGAAAUGGGCGUCCGAGGUGGCAGCUGACGGCAGCUUUGUGGCGCCGUUCCCGGAUGAGACGGCUGCCAGGAACAUUGGCGGCCUGCCCGUGCCCGUUCUCAUUGUCGCCAACAAGACAGACCGCCAGCGCUCCCCCGCCGCCGAGGCCGCGGCCGGCGGCGCGCUCGACGCCGCGAUCUCUAAGCUCUGCGGCGCCCCGGGCGCCGCCGGCGGCGGCGGGCGUCUCGCGCGCGUGUGCGGCGCGGUGCUCGGCUGCCGGUGGCAGCGGGGCGGCGCGUCGGGCGGCGGGCUGCCCGUCACCACUGUGGCUGGUGGUGCGUCAGUUGCUGACCUGGCAGAGCUUGAGGGCCACAUCAGAAGUGUGAGGGCGUCGGCUGCGAACGGCCAGCUGGACUGGGACACAGUGGGCGCGUUCUUCACGUCGCUCUGGGCGCGCCGCUACCAGCCCAACAGCCGGCAGGGGGCGCGCUUUGUGCAGCAGGUGCCGAGCCCGCUGGCCGGGCGCGGGGGCGGGGGCGCGCCGCUGUCGCCGGCGGGGCUGGGGCCGAUGGACCGGCGUGUUGGGGCCGGCGGCGUCAGCGGCGGCGAUAUUGACGAUGACGACCGGCGGUUGGAUGACGAUUGGGUGUGA